AUGAAUAGUAGAGAGAACAAAUAAAAUUUAAUUCAAGUUAAUGCGUCAAAACUUUCGUCUUAAUUCUUUUAAUUAUAAUUAUCUGAACCAACUAGUAGAACUAAAUUAAUCAAAAAAUUAGAGCAGAUUGAAUAAUAUAUUCAAAUUUUUGAAACAUAUCUGAAAUUGCUUUUGGGAUAGGAAAUUUCGACGGAAGAGGAAAAGAUAUUAAAUAGCUAACAAAAUAUAGAACAAUUAGAGGAUAAUUUGUUUUACGAUCUGGAAUAACCAGAAGCAAUAAUUAAGUAGCUUAUAAUAUAUAAUAUAAAGUGUAUAUAAUCCUGAUUAUAUUCAAGAUGAUAAGAAUUUCCAACUUUAUCAAUUUGAAAUAUUCGAUUAAAUAAUUGAAUCAUUGCAAAUAGAUGAAAAAUCAAUAAAUGACAAGUUAUUUGUAAAAGCAAUAUAAUUUGUUUUUUAAUAAUUAUCAGAUCAUAAAACUUAUUCUGUGUAUGAAAUUAGAACUAGAAGACUUGAAACUUAAACGAAUGAAUAAAAAAAUGUUCUUAUUUAAUUAGGUUCAGCUUAGGAUUUAUUUCAGAAAUCUAAUGAAAGUCCUAGAUCUUUAUAUUUAAUAGACAAUAACAUCUAAAAUAGAUUUUAGACUUAGGAUUAUCAAAAAGAGUAAAAAGAAGACAUAUUGCAAAAAUUAGUAGCUUAGUUUAGAUAGCAAUUAUUAGAAAACAUAAUAUAAAAUUAAGGUAACUUAAAUAAUAUCAGUGAAUGUUUUUAAUUAGAUUAUGAAAGAUUAUUAUGUGUUUAGAAAAAAGCAUAUAAUUAAGGUGAAUAUUUACAUUAAAAAGGGAAUAAUUGGUAUAGAACUCAUAGAGAAACAUAAGAUUUACUAACAUUAAUAAGAAAUAUUUUAAUAUUAUAAUUAACAAGGAGAGGAUUUAAAGUAAGAUAAGAGAUAUCUUAAGAUGGAUAAAAAAUAUUUCUAUUAUUGUAUAUGUCAGAAAAAAUGCUUGAGACAGCUGCUGAAAACAAUUAAUUAUCAAAAAAAGUUGGAUUUUGUUUUACUGAUUUACUCUCCUUAGAACCAGUUGAUAGAUAGUAUCGUCCAUUAAGAUUAAAUGGAAGAUUAUGGAGACCUUAAGAGUAUCAAAUAUCUUCUUAUUUAAAAUAUUUGCGACCAUUAAUAAUUGAGCAAAUAUAAUAAAUUAAUUUUAAGAAGGUUGCUAGAGAAGUUGGACAAAGUGGAUUAAAUAUUGAGUUAUUUUAAUAUGGCAAAUAAGAUAUUUAUGGUGAUUAAGAAGGACCAAGUGAUGAAGAAUGGACAACAUACUAUAAAUAUUUAGUUCAUUUAAAUAACAAUAUUUAGAUAUACAGAAAAAAAUUUUAAAUUAAAAGUGAUAUAGCUUUAAUUAUUGAUGAAUAAAAAACGAUUGAAUAGCUUUAUGCACUUAGAAAACGUUAAAAGGAAAACAAAUUUAAUGAAUUUGAAUUCUAAGAAUAAUAUAAUAUCAAUGAUUUACAUGAAGAAGUUCAACAAAUCAUUACUCAAUCUAAUAGGUUAAUAUUAUCAUCGAAAUUACCUAAAAUAAAAAAGAUAAAGUUGUAUUUACGGUAAUAAUUAGCACAUAAUUAUUAAACAGUCUUUACAGAAUCAUUGAAAGUAGCAAAUUGCACUACAUUUUUAUUAAAGACUAUUUGGGAGAGAAUAAAAAUUUACCCAUUUGAAUUAAAUAUACCUUUUAAAACUUAUUUAAAAGAUUCUUCAGUUAAAAAUAUUGCUAAAUACCAAUUAAGAUGGUGUAGAUAUAUUAAGAAUGAAAAAAAUCAUAUUACCUUAUUUCCAAAUAAUGAAAGAUUAUUUUUAGCAUAUUAAGUAAUACAGUCCAGUAUUAAUUUGAAUACAUUGAUUAAGUUAAAAUUAGUUAAUACAAUUUUCUGUUUACAUGAUUAUUAUGAAUUGUAAGGUUAAUGUAAAAGUAUUCAAAAUGCAAUUAGUGAAUAGAAUUAAUUUUAUAAGAAUAAACCUUUUGAUUUAAUAGGUGAAUGGCAAUUCUGUAUUAGUUAGCCAUGGAAAUUGCCUAAACAAAGAAUCUGUUCUUAUUUUGGAGAAAAGAUAGGCUUGUUUCUAGAAUUUUCAUCUCAUAAUAUUCAAUGCUAUUCUAUUUUAGCAGGUUUAGGUUUCUUAUUUACUAUUGCUAUUAUAUUUUCAAAAUCAAUAGACUAUUAGGCUUAUACAGCAAUGAUUUCAAUUUUUUCUUUAUUAAUUGUUCUUUGGAACUCUUUUGUAACAGAUCAUUGGAGAUAAAUUUAAAUUAAAUUUAAUUUAAGAUAAGGAUUAAGUUAAAAGUCAUCAGAAAAAUUAACACUUGCUUCAUUUAAAGGUAAUCGUAUUCGUUCUGUUGAAAAUGAUGAAUUAAAUUCAUUAGGCUCAUCUAAUACUUAAAUUAUAUCAAGGUUAGGUAUUUCUAUAUUUAUUUUGAUCUUCUUAAUUUUUGCAGAUAUUGGAGUUAUGAUUGGAAUUUAUUUUUUUAAUUUAUUUCUCAAACUAAAAUUUAAUGAUAUAAAUAACACAUUUUAGAAUCUUGAAAUUAUAAUAUCAGCUACUCUAAAUUUUGGAAUUUAGAAAAUUAUUGAAUAAUAUUAUGAAUAAAUUGCAACAUUUUUGACCGAUUUUGAAAAUCUUCAAAUUUAAAAUUCUUAUGAGAAAAGUUAUACCAUUAAAAAAUUUACUUUAUAUAGUCUUUCAGGAUUAUUUCCUUUAUUAAUGAUUUAAUUUCUUAAUACGCCUUUUAAUCUAUAUUGUUAAGAGGAUAAUUGUAAAAAUGAAAUAUAAUCAUUUUUUGCAACUACAAUUUGUUUAAUAUUUAUUUUAUAAGUAAUAAGAUAUUUAAAAUUGUAUUUAAAAUUAAGAGAAUAAUUUAAGAAUAAAAGAUAUUUUUAAAAUAAUUAAUCCUUACUUUCAAUAAUUGAAAAUCAAAAUUCUAAAAUUCCAUUUUAAAGACCUCUAGAAAAAGAUGGUAUUGUAGAUGAAUAUAUGGAGUUUUUUUAAUUUUUAAGUCUUAUUAAUUUUUUUGGUUGUUUAUUUCCUCUUAGUAUUACUUUGUUUUGGAUAUGGAUUAUAAUAUAAACUCAAAUUUUAAAAUUUAAACUCAAUUACUAAUAUUAAAGACCUUGGCCAAAAAGUGAAAGUUCUUUAGGUGUAUGGGAUGACUUAAAUUAAUUGAUAAAUUUAAUUACUAUAUUGUGUAAUUCAGGAAUAAUAAGUAUAUAUUAUAAUGCUAGAUUGGUAGAUGAUAUUAUACUUUUAUAUUUGUCAUUGCUUUUUUAUCACUUUUUCAUUAAAUGUAUAACUAUGACAUUGUUUGGAAAUACUCCUUAAAUUUUGGAAUCGUUCAUUAAAAGGGGAAAAUAUAUUUACAAAAGUAAUAUAUAAAGUUUGAUCAACAAAAGUAGUUAAGAGAAACAAGAUAAACAAUAAUUAUAAAGAAACCCUAUUUAUAAAAUUUUUGGAUCUAAUAGAAUUUAGUAAUCUUCAAAUUUUGAAACCAUCAGUUCCGAUGAAGAUAUUUCACAAUAUUAUUCUGAAAAUCUUGAUAAAAUAUCUAAAAGAUUGGUGAAUGCUGAAGAGGAAUAUUAAUAAAAAUUAAUUGAGCUUUCUUAAAACAAAGAAACUAAGAACCAAUUAUACUCCUCAAAUGCAGGUUUAAAAACCUUUUCUGAAUCAUUUGAUUUUUAGAGUGGAUCAGCAUUAUUUUAAUAAAAAGAUGAUUUAAAAACAGAUGCUUUACUUAUUAAAAAAUAAUAAACUAAAAUAAAAGAUUUGGGAAAUAAAAUUAAAAAUGUUAAGUAAUUAGAUUAUUAAUUUUUGAAUAAUUAUUUUUCAAAAAGAAUUUCUAAUUGGGCUUUUUAAAUCUCCUCAUGUAAAUAGGCUCAAAAGAAAUUACUAUCAGAUAGAACAAAAAUUUGGAGAUUUUUAUUUAGAAUAAAUCUUUUAUCCAAUUAUACUUUGAUAUGGAGUGAUUUUAGAAUUCAUUUAAGUUAAUCAUUCAUGUAAAGAAAAUUGAAAUUAUUGCAUAAUUUAGAUUACAAAAGGUAUUAGAUUUUAAAAUAAAGUUAUGAAACUAAUUACGAAUUUUAUUAAGAUAAAGCUUUUAUUAAAUUUCGCAAACAACUUUAACAGUUUAGUAAUUAACUAAAUCAAGACGAAAAAAAUGAGUAAGCCGAUAUUAUUAAAAAAAAAGCAAACUUUAUAAAAAAGAAAUCUUGGUUAAACUGCAGAAAAGUUCAAAUAUUUCGGUAUCGAUGCCUAUUUUUUAAAGGAUUUCGAAAAUAAACUAUACGUUUGCCAUCAAUUUAAAAUGCACUUUUAAGUUAUGAAGCCAAUAAAAAAUUGAAUUAAGUGUAAUAUGAAUCAGACAUUCAUAAAAAGUUUAGUGCUUUAGUUCAAUAUUCCUCGAUUAAUUAAUACACUUUAGAAAUGUUUAUAGAUCUAUUUGAUUCAUUACAAUAUGAGUAAAAAUUAUUGUUAUUUAUUUAGGUAAAAAUCCUAAUAUACAUUUUCAUCUACAAAUGGUAGAAUUAAUAAUAAAAUUUAUCAUUUAUUCAAUUUAAAAUCAGAUAUUUAUAAAAAUGUUAUUGAUAAAUCCAAAGACACUUAUAUUUUUGAACAAUAUACAACAAAAUUAGAAGAGUAUUCAUUACAAUAUUUUAUGGAUGAAAUAAAUUAAAUUCCAAAUAUUAAAAUUUAAAAACAUAUUCAUGAUAUUUUAUGGUUGGUAACAAUUGAUUAAAAAGAAUAUUUGAUGCAAUUUUUUUAAAUUAAACAUGGUUAGGUUUUGCAAUUUUAAAAGUUUUAUCAUAGCGGUUAAGGAGUAUUUUUAGGAUAAAGUAAGAAUUAUAUUAGACGAUUAAAUAUUAUAGAUUAGAUAGAUGAUUUUUUAAUAAAAGGUUACUGUGUUUGUUUAUAUUCAUGUUUAAAUUGCAAAAGCUUAUACUAAGUAAUAUAAUUUAGAAGAUAGCAUUCCCUUUUUUAUUCUGUAGAAGAAUUGAAGUAAUUUAUGUAUGGAAAUUUAAUUUUAAUAUAAAAGGGAAAGGUUGGCUAUAUUUCCAUAUAUAAUUAUAUUUUAGUAUCAAAUGAAUAUAUGGUGCUUAAUUCUAUUAAUUAGGAGAGAAAUUCUAUUUAAGAAUUAGUUUAGAUAAUAGCCGAAAUGAUUUUACUUAAACCUAUUAAUAAUCUAAAAUAAGCAUUAAUAGAAAUGAAGCAUCCAUUACAGCAUCUAUUAUAAGAAUUAAUUUCUAUCGAAAGAUCACCUUCUUAAAUAAUUGAUUUAAUAUCUAUUUAAUAACCAUUUAUAGAACUAGAUUAUUAAUAAGCUAAAAAAAAAAAAGAAGAAACUUAUUAAUCAUAUAUGGAAUUAAUGAAACAUAAAAUAAAUUUUCAUGUUCGAAUUAAAUAAUUCAAAAGAUCAUUAAAUUUAAUUUAAAAGGUUGAGAAUUAUUUCAAAAUUGUUGUUUUUUAAAUUGAUUCUAAUUUACUUAAUCAUUUUGUCAAUUAUUUUUCAAAAAAUUUGCAUAAUUAUAUUUUGAAAUCAAAUGAAAUUAAAAGAAUUUUAGAUAUUUUGCUCAUCUAUUAUUUCAAAUUUUCUGUUUAAUUUGCAUUAAAAUAAGAAACUGAUUAAGAUAGUAAUAAAUUAAUUGAAGGAUUAAAAAGGUGCAGUAUUCAACUUAGAGUUAUAUUUCGAUAAUUAAGUUUAAAUAUAAAAUUAGAAAAUUUAUCAGAAAUUGAAUAAUGUAUAAUAUUAAAAAGAAAAUUAAAAUAAAAUAUAGAUUAGGGAUCGUCCAUAAGUUCUUUUGAUAGAUUAAACUUAAUAAACACAUUAAGGAAGAAUUAAGAUUAUAUUUCAAUAAUAAUUUAAUACCAAACUCAAAUUUAACGAUACUUAAACCAAUUUUAAGCAAUAAAAGCAAUUCAAACAUAUUUUAUUGAAAAUUUUAUUCUUGCUGAUAUUUAAUUAUAAGAAAUUAUUGAGAGUUAAAAAACUUUAGUUUUUCGAGAAUCAAAUAUUUAAUUGUUAGAUGUACCAUUAGAAUGUAGUACAGCAUUAAUAAAUUUUGAAUAAGGAUCACCUUAAGAUGAGGAAAUAUUAGAAAGUCAUGGUUAAAAGUCUUCAAAUUUAUAAUUAAAUGAUGAAAAUUAGCUUUAUUAUUCUUAGUUAUUAUAUUAUCAAUUCUUAUAGUUGAUAAUAGGCUUUGAUUCAAAAAAUGAUUAAUUUUAAAAUCAUUAUAAAUCAUUUAUAGCAAUUGAUGGAGCUGAUAAAAAUGUGUUUUAUUUUUACAAAAAUUAAUUAAAUAUGAUUAGUAGGGAUCAAAAGGCCAAAUAAUUAAAAGACAACGAAUAAGAAAUGUAUUGUGAAGUUGGAAAAUAUUUACAUAUUGUCGAUAUGAAGUGGAAUGAAAUAAUGAGAAAUAAAUUCAUAAAAUUAAUUUAAUCAGAAGAUGAUGAUUUCAUGAAAAUGUAAAUAUUAUCAUUUUCUAAUUUAAAACCUACAUUAGAGAAUAGAAAAAUAUUAUAAACUUAAUAUGAGUAAGUUCAUGCAAAUUCAUUUCAACUACUUUGUUAAAUAAAAUCUAUAUAACAGAUUUUACAUCUAGAUGAUGUUCAGCCAACAAAUCAUAAUAUAUAAUGUUAAAAGAGUAAAAAUAAAAUUCAUUUUAUGAAAUAAUUUUCAUUUAUAAAAUUAUUAUAGGAAAACCAUUCGUAAUUUAAACCUGAAAAAGACUCUUGGUUUUUCCAUUAAAAUCUGGAAUAAUUAUAGAUUUUUUAUUAUCUUUCAAAAUGUUUUACAUUUUCACCAAAACACAUUGAAAAUUUCGAUUUAAUUGAUAAUUAAGAGUUGGAGUAUGCAACCAGUCAGAUUCAUAAAUUAUCAUCAAAUCCUAAAUUUUAUUGUUAAUCACUUAAAUGCAUUUAAAUAAAUAAUCAACAAAUUAAUAACUUCAAUUUUGAUUAUUGUUUAACAGAUUAUCAGUAAUUUCAACUAUUUUGCUAAUUUUUAAAUUGUAGUAUUCGAUAUCAUUCAAACUUAAAAAAAUCAUUUAUUAAAAUAUAAGAUCAUCUUCAUCAAGAUUUUGGAUGUUCAAUUUUGGUUUUAGGGUUACUUCAUGCAUAUUUCUAUUUCUAACAAUUUGAAAUGUUUGAUUUAGUAUAUUAAUUCUCCUAAAGAUUACUUAAUUCUAAAGCAUUCAUAUUUCAUAAAAUUCAUAAAGGUUUUGAAUAAGAUCUAAUUAUAUUAGAGAGUAUAUAUAAAAAUAAAAAUAAUUGCCUUCUAGCUCCAUCAAAAUAUUUAUUUGAAUAUACGUAACAGUUUCUAUAUUUUGAUGAUUUAAAAUUCAAUUGUUAAUAUUAAUUAUUUAAUUUAAUGAUGCAUUAAGAUUAUUAUUUAAUUUCAGAAAUAUUGGUUGAAACUUUAAGUGUAUUAUAACAUUAACCAUAAUUAAUAAGAUUAUUGCAUUUAUUUCAAUCUUUAUUGGAUGUAGUUAAUGCUUUGUUAGGAAAUAUUGAUCCAAAAAAAAAAUAUUUGUAAUAAUUAAUGAUAUAUAAAUAGAAUCAGCAUAUGUGAAUAUAAAGAAACGACUCUAAUGUAUGCUCUUCUUGCUCAUUUAAAAUGUAAAUUUCAUUUAAAUUUAAUUGAUUAUGAAACCGCAUUAAUAUAUUCUGAAAAAACAUUAUCUUAUAUUGAUGCUUGUUUAAAGUAAUAAAGAACUAUAAUUUCAAUUAUCAACAAUGAAAUUGUAAAAUUAAAACAUCUAUUUUAGGUUUAAGAAUAUCCUAUUCAUACAACUCUUCAAAAUUUUAAAUUCUAAGAGUAUGAAUCACUUAUUGAUGAGUAUCAUGAUGGUGAUUAUAUACAUUUAUUUAAUACAGAUUUUAUAAAUGAUGCAAUCCUUAAUCAUAUUAGGAUUUUAGUUAAUAUACAGAAUAAUUUACCGAAAUUUAAUUUGCUUUUUGAAUUAUAAUUAGAGUUAUAGAAUAAAAUUCAUAUAAAUUACUUGUAAAUGAUAUAUGCAAUUUAUUUUAAUUAUUUGUUAACUUAAAAUCAAUAGAUUAUGAUAUAAAGUUAUUUUAUAGAUCAUAGUCAUUAUUUAGAGAUCAUAAAACUAAGAAUAGCCAGUGAAGAAACUAAAUAAUAAGCAUUUCAUUCAUUAAAAUUUAAUACGAUAUCAUAAUUCACAGAGAUUGAUUAAAAGUUACAAAUUUUAGAUUUUCAAUUGAAUAUUUUAAUUGGAACUUAACAUGGAACUAAUAAAAAGCUAAUUAAUAAUUGGAUUAUGCAAUGUGCAUAAAAAUCGAUUGAUGGAUACUAAUCAUCCUUGCCAUUUAAUUAAAAUAUAGUUCAUCCCUAUGUAUCUCUGAUGUAUCUUAUUCUAAAUUAAUCAUUUCAAUUUUUAAAUUAAAUUCAAUAAGCUCAAAAAUUAAUUGAUGAGACUGAGACUAAUCUAAAAGGAUGGUUUGAUUCAAGAUAACAUCCAUUAAAAGGCUUAUUUUUUUAUUAUUAAGGUAAUCAUUAUCGAUGGUUAUAUGAUCAAUAUUUAAUCUGUGUCUAGGAAAUAAUUAGUUUAUAGCAUUUUGAUUUUAUGGAAAUCAAAUUUCUGGUAUAAGGUUUGAUUAAUUAAGAAAAAUCAAUUAUUAAAACAUUUGAUUACUAUCAUUCUAAUUUAAUAAAAUCUAUUAAAAACCAUUUAACUAAUUUUAUAUAUUAAUCUGUUGGAAAACAUGUUCAAAAACAUAUAUUUUUAGGAUUGACAAAAAAAGAUGCAGUUAAAAUUUUAGAUAAUAUUAUUGCAGCUAGUGCAAUUAGAUCAUUUAAUGGAAUUUCUUAAUUCUUAGAUGUAUUUUAUUCUUUAUUAAUUUAGGCUUUGGCAAUUUUUAAUUACUUUGAAACAGAUAAUAAAUGCAUUGAUCUAAUUAGAUUUGCAUUAAUCUCUUAAGAUAAUUGA